GGGUGCCCAAAUUCAGUCACGGGGCCAGGUUUGCCGAUACCAACCCAUGGAACAGCCUGGGAUUUGCCCCAGGGCGCAGAGAAGUGUCCGCCGAUUGGGAUUUGAUUACCAGCAGCUAUCAAAAGUCUCUUUGACACCAGCAGCAUGAGGAAGGGCAGGCAGAGUGCAGGGCCAUGGAGAACAAGGGGCUGCGAGGGGGCUCUCCUGGAGACUGGGUCUCAUUUUCGUGUGAUGCUGGAGGGGUCACUGGGCUGUUCAGUGUGAAGUCACGAGAUGCCACGAGGACCUUUGAUGAGCAGUGGUUUCACCUCUGUGUCUCCUUGCUGUGCCAUGAGUGGGACCAGUAUCUUCUCCUGCUUGCGAAGAAACACCAAGCGGGAGAGGGUUCUCCAGACCCCACUCCAGGGCAAGCACCCGGAGAGCAAACCCUGCUCAGCCUGAGCUGCCCAUCCCUGCAGCCGACGCUGCCAGCAGACGAUGUCUUUGGAGCCCACACCGGACGCCGACACCGGCAGGAGAGGCCUCAAGAAGCCAUGUUCCUUCAGCAUCGAGGACAUCCUCUCCAGCCCAGCAGAGAAGAGCUCCCAGGUCCUGGUCCCGCUGUGCCUGCGGGGCAUCUUGGACUGCGCUCCCAAGGGGCUGUGUGAGCUGGAGACCAUCCCCGGCAGCUCCCUGCAGGAGGAGGAGGAGGAGGAAGAAGAGGAAGAGCUGGAAGGGGCAGGUUGCAACUGCUGCUGCUGUUCCCACCGGAGCACCCGUUCCCUGCAGGACUCGCCGAGUUGGCUGGACGCCCGGCUCCCCUGGCCCGUGCGCCUCUUCCACUCGGCCGUCAGGGUCUGCAAGAGUCCCCCGGGGAACCCCGGCCAGCUGCAGGCUUUCCACCAGAUCCAGCGCCGGACGCGCCGGCAUCGCACCAUAUUCACCGAGGACCAGCUGCAGGCCCUGGAGACUCUUUUCCACCAGAACCAGUACCCGGACGUCAUCACCCGCGAGCACCUGGCGAACCGCAUCCACCUGAAGGAGGAGAGGGUGGAGGUUUGGUUUAAAAACCGUCGGGCCAAGUGGCGGCAUCAGAAGAGGGCGUCUGCCUCGGCACUGAUCCUCCAAGGCACCAAGAAGCCCCCCGAGGAGAGCUCUUAGGGGUUGCAGGCCGCGUCUCGGCGGAUGAAGGCUGAGAGCGCCCAUUGCCCGUGGCCAAAAGGCUCCGUAGGGGGGUACCUGAGAGGGACUCAUGAAGCAAAAGGGGAAUCACUGUGAUUCCCAGGGGAGGAGGAGAGAUAAAAGCAGACACGGCACUUCCAUGUCCCAGUUUCUCUUCCAACCCGAGUUCACGUGGCAGAUAACUCACCGGGCAGAUGCUCACCCCCAGAUGCUUCAGCAAAACCACUGCCCAAAGCCCGUGCAGGGGACUGGGCUGUACUGGUGUCACGUAGGUGGGCUCCAGGGGAAGGGGAGACUCCCCUCCUUGUCUUUGCUCCGUGUGGGUAGUA